AUGGCCUUCACUUUCGCUGCUUUCUGCUACAUGCUCUCGCUGGUGCUGUGCGCCGCGCUCAUCUUCUUCGCCAUCUGGCACAUAAUUGCCUUUGAUGAGUUAAGAACAGACUUUAAGAGCCCCAUAGACCAGUGCAACCCUGUUCAUGCGAGGGAACGGCUGAGGAACAUCGAGCGCAUCUGUUUCCUUCUGCGAAAGCUGGUGCUGCCAGAAUACUCCAUCCACAGCCUCUUCUGCAUCAUGUUCCUGUGUGCGCAGGAGUGGCUCACCCUGGGGCUGAAUGUCCCUCUACUUUUCUAUCACUUCUGGAGGUACUUCCACUGCCCGGCAGACAGUUCCGAGCUCGCCUAUGACCCACCCGUGGUCAUGAACGCAGACACCUUGAGCUACUGUCAGAAGGAGGCCUGGUGUAAGCUGGCCUUCUAUCUCCUGUCCUUCUUCUAUUACCUGUACUGCAUGAUCUACACUUUAGUGAGCUCUUAACUCGAAGACCACACCCAUCGUCAGAGACUGGAUGGGAGAGAGCCGAGGCUGAGCGGUCACUUCUGCUGGUGGCUGGUGAAGGGACCACAGUGGGAUGUGUGAGGAGGGCACGUGGCCGACACUGACUGCAUCAGAACUGGAGCCGGCGGCAGGGGGGCCGAGUGAACCACGCACGUGUGUUGUUGCCCCGUGUAUCCCAGGCUUCGCUCAGUGUUCACACCGCACUCGGGGUGUAGGUCCCUCUGAGCAGUGGGGGCGCCGGGGAGUGGGUGAUGAAACACGAGGCCACACCUGAGCAAGUAUCGCUGCUUCCUGAGUCCACUUCAUCCAGCAUCUCCCCUCAAGUCCGCUCUGAUUUCCUGGACCAUGGGAGGGGGGCCUGGUAGGCCGGAAGGUGCCUACCAAGGAACAGAAUGACCCAGAGUCAAGGCUGAGUCUUGGGACCCAUCAAAGGCCGCAGGGUGUGGGGGGUACCCAAGGCCCUGGAGUUCCUUCCCUGCCGCGGCCACGGUCUGGAGGGUGUGCAGUUGCCUUCGCUGUGACCGCCAGCCUUGACCUGCAGGGGUGGCCGUGUUCAUGCCCGGCUUUGUGAGAGCCCAGCUUAGUGACAUCUUGAGCUGGAUCUGGGGCAAUAUGUUAGUAAUAAGUCAUGCCCAAAGUCACGGAUGUGGGGGUGGGCCGGGAAGGGGGAAUCAUCGGAAAAAGUGAUUUUGAAAAACGUGUACUUUUUCAAAGUGGUUCAAGGAUACCACUCAAAGCCAUCACAGAGUCAUCGGAUGCAAACCCGCUGGUCAACGCUCGUCAGAGCUUCGUCUUUUCAGGAGCCCCGAGCUGUCCCAAGGCCGGAAAACGCCGGAGCGGCCGCUCUGAACUGUGGGCUUUCAGCAGCUAAGAAACGAGACAACACAACUGUAGCUUCAUUUUACGACGCUGCAUCGUUCGUACUGUUUAGUUCAACACGGGGAUGUUCGCUUAGUUAGAACUUUCCAUGUGGCAUCCUCUCCGUUCUGAGUCGGAGUUGUGCGAGGCGGUUGUAAAUAACGGAGGGGCUGAGGUUUUUUAUGUUCAGAUUGGGCGCCAAUGAUGUUUGACCUUACUCCCCAACUCCCCUACUUUCCUUCUGUUUGACACACACAGGCUGUUUCUACCUGCACCCAGCCCCCAUCUGAACCCUGUGACCCAGGCUUAUGAACGGUGUUUGUGUGACACUCCGUGCUCUAUGUUUAAAGCGCAGUGACAACUCGA